AUGAGUGGAAGUAAAAGAAUUGUGUGCCUGUCCAUUAUAGUGAUGAUGGUAAUGAUUCUAUCAAUUUCUCAAAAUAUAAAUUGUGUUAGUGAUUCCGCAUUUGCUCCUUCAGAAGAGAAAAGAUUGUUCCACAAACCAUCAUCUUGUGUUGAAGAUGCAAGGACAAUUCCAAACUGUGUCCACGCAGUGAAGCAUUUCCAUUUCAAAAAUGUUACAAAAGAAUGUUGCAUAGUUUUAUUCGGUAUUCCUGAAGAUUGUUUAGGCAUUUUGUUUCCUAGGCGGUUUUUUUAUCGUUUUAUGCUUAAAAUUACAUGUAAGUUAUUAGGUAUCAUCAAGGUUUAG